GUAUAUUGUUGAAAGUAGUGCGGUAUAUUUGAUCGAUAAAUCUUGCUCACAUAACCUGCUGCGGCCAUCAAAAUUCCAUCAGAAAAACACAGAUAUAACCAAAAUGCAGAUCACACGACUUGCCCUUCGUCAAAUCACUCGCCAUAUUCGACUGCAGCGUAUGUACAGCGCAGCGGCCCCGGCAGCGGCUGUCUCGGGAGCUGAAAAACUGGUGUCGCCUCCUCCAGAGGGGGCUGCCAAGCCACCCAAUCCGAAGUUGGACAGCAUUGUCAACAACAUUGCUGCUCUGAAUCUGCUGGAGGUCGCUGAGCUGAGCAGCCUGCUGAAACAGAAACUUAACCUGCCAGAGACAGCCUUUGCCCCACAGUUUGCGGCAGGACCGGCACGUGCAGCCGCCGACGACGAGGAGGAAGCGGCGCCCAAGAAGGUGCAGACCUCCUUCACCGUGAAACUGGUCAAGUUUGACGACAAACAGAAGGUGGCGCUCAUCAAGGAGGUGAAGAAUCUGCUGGAGGGCAUGAACCUGGUGCAGGCCAAGAAGUUUGUGGAAAGUGCACCCACCGUCGUGAAGCAGGACAUACCCAAGGAGGAGGCCGAGAAGCUGAAGGAGGCGUUGUCCAAGGCUGGUGCCAUUAUUGAAAUUGAAUAGGUUAAUGGACGUUUUGCUUUUUCUAUUGUGCGUUUAGCUGCUAGUUAUUGUUUUAAUAAAAGUCCCAAGCAGGCCAGGCAACAUUUGCUGUAAACUUAA